AUGCCCACGGGCUACUCGGCGGCCAACGAGCCGCGGCGCACAUCCCCCCUAUCAUCAACACCCUCAUCAUCAACAACAUCCCCCUCGCCCGUCCGCUGGUCCCGCCGCAGCUCGCGCCGCCUCUCCGACGCCAUAACACGCACCCGCUCCUCUGGCCCGCGCGCCCUCCUCCGCCGAUCCUGGGAGACAUACCAAGAAUGGAGCCAAUGGCUCAUCCAGUACUACCUCAGCCUGUCGCCUCUGUACCGCGCGCUCGCCAUCCUCGCCUGCGUCCUCGGCUGGACCCUCAUCAUCCUCACGCUCAUCUACUCGCACCGCUUCUUCGGGUGGCUCACCCCCAUCGCGAAAUCCUGGCGCCAGCUCCCCGGCGGCUGGCUCAUCGUCUUCGCCCUCAUCUUCGUGACGGCCUUUCCCCCCGUCAUCGGCUACUCCACCGCCAAUACCAUUGCCGGCCUGGUCUACGGCUUUCCCAACGGGUGGCCCAUCGUCGCCGUCGCAUGCACCCUCGGCAGUCUCUGCGCGUUCCUCGCUAGUCGCACCGUGCUGAGCAAAUAUGUCGACAGGAUGGUGGGUAAGGACCACCGCUUCGUGGCUCUGGGCCAGGUCCUCCGCCGUGAUGGCAUCUUGUACCUCACUGCUAUUCGCUUCUGUCCGCUGCCGUUUAGUCUGAGCAAUGGGUUCUUGGCCACUAUUCCAAGCAUAACGCCAUUGUCGUUUGCUAUUUCCACAGCUCUUUCAACCCCCAAGCUCCUCAUACACGUCUUUAUUGGCAGCCGCCUCGCCAUCCUCGCCGAAGAAGGUGACAAAAUGACCGCCGGCGACAAAGCCAUCAACUACAUUGGCAUGGCUGUCGGUGGCGCCAUCGGUUUGGCAGUUGGCCUCGCAAUCUACCGCCGCACCAUGGCCCGCGCCGCAGAACUCGCACGCGAAGAGGGUCGAGAUAUUGACGCCGCUGAGCAAGGGGACGGCGGCUACGACGAUACCGAUACGACGCUCCUGGAUCCCGAGGACGCUGCUGCCAUCAUGGACGAUGACGCCUUGUCGCUUUGGGAUACCCAGGGAAACGGCUGGGACGAGUACAACGACGACGAUGACAAUGAUCAUAAGAAGCAUACGAGGAACAAGAGCACCAGCUCAAUUAGAGCUUGA